GUGAUCCGCCCGCCUUGCUCUCCCAAAGUGCUGGGAUUAGAGGUGUGAGCCACUGCACCCGGCCCAGGAACUCUUUCCGGAAGUAAUGUUGAUUCUGUGUUCGGGGGGCACUGCCUCUGUUUUCUUUAAAGGCAAGAUACAUUUGUGCAUCCUCGGCUGCUGCAGGGCUGGGUUCCUAGUGGGUGCUGCAUUGAGGACUGAUGGAAUAGAGCAGGUCUAGCCAUGCGUGGGAAGGCAGCUUUCAUUCAUGAUGCCAGCACCCCUUCCUUUCUCUCUUCCCUUUGCUGUCUAUCAGGAAUGUUGCAGUCCUAGAGAGAAGGCUGGGGUUUCCCUCAGACCGUGUCCACAUUGCCCUGUACCUGAGAAGUGCUUGCCCUAAAAGAGAGGAAGCACCCCUGUUCGAGACGAGACAUUCAUCACUUCUUGAUGUGCAUGUGCAGUGUGGAAGUGGGGGACCCGGAGAACCAGAACCCACAAAGUGCUUUGGCUCUAGAGGACAGGAAGAAAUUCUGGCCCAGCUGGAAGUAGGAAGAAGGGAGUGAGUCUCCUGAGGACCAUCUCAGAGGCCGCCGGGAUCACCCGAACAGUCCUCCAUGUGAAUCAAUCCCAUGAUGCAACAUGCCUCCCCAGCCCCAGCUCUGACGAUGAUGGCCACGCAGAAUGUCCCGCCCCCACCCUACCAGGACAGCCCACAGAUGACAGCAACCACCCAGCCACCCUCCAAGGCCCAGGCUGUCCACAUCUCCACCCCUUCAGCUGCUGCCAGCACACCUGUGCCCAGUGCCCCCAUCGACCCCCAGGCCCAGCUGGAGGCUGACAAGCGAGCUGUGUACAGGCACCCUCUUUUCCCGCUCCUGACGCUGCUGUUUGAGAAAUGUGAACAGGCCACCCAGGGCUCUGAGUGCAUCACCUCCGCCAGCUUUGAUGUGGACAUCGAGAACUUUGUCCACCAGCAGGAACAGGAGCACAAACCCUUCUUCAGCGAUGACCCAGAACUGGACAAUCUGAUGGUGAAGGCAAUCCAGGUCCUGAGAAUCCACCUGCUGGAGCUGGAGAAAGUCAAUGAACUCUGCAAGGACUUUUGUAACCGUUACAUCACCUGCCUCAAAACCAAGAUGCACAGUGAUAACCUGCUCAGGAAUGAUCUAGGGGGGCCCUACUCCCCCAACCAGCCCUCCAUCAACCUUCACUCACAGGACCUCCUGCAGAAUUCCCCCAAUUCCAUGUCUGGAGUCUCCAAUAACCCCCAGGGGAUUGUGGUCCCAGCCUCAGCGCUCCAGCAGGGCAACAUCGCCAUGACAACCGUCAACUCACAAGUCGUGUCAGGUGGAGCCUUAUACCAACCGGUUACCAUGGUAACCUCCCAGGGUCAGGUGGUCACCCAAGCAAUCCCCCAGGGAGCCAUCCAGAUCCAGAACACACAGGUUAACCUUGACCUCACCUCCCUCCUGGACAAUGAGGAUAAGAAGUCCAAGAACAAACGAGGAGUCUUGCCCAAGCAUGCCACCAAUAUAAUGCGUUCUUGGCUCUUCCAGCAUCUCAUGCACCCCUACCCCACGGAGGACGAGAAGAGGCAGAUCGCAGCCCAGACCAACCUCACCCUCCUGCAAGUAAAUAACUGGUUCAUCAAUGCUCGGAGGCGCAUCCUGCAGCCCAUGCUUGAUGCCAGCAACCCAGACCCUGCCCCCAAAGCCAAGAAGAUCAAGUCUCAGCACCGGCCCACCCAAAGAUUCUGGCCCAACUCCAUCGCUGCAGGGGUGCUGCAGCAGCAGGGCGGUGCCCCAGGGACAAACCCUGAUGGUUCCAUCAACCUGGACAACCUGCAGUCCCUGUCCUCAGACAAUGCCACCAUGGCCAUGCAGCAGGCUAUGAUGGCUGCACAUGAUGACUCAUUGGAUGGGACAGAAGAAGAGGAUGAGGAUGAGAUGGAAGAGGAGGAAGAGGAGGAGCUGGAGGAGGAGGUUGACGAGCUGCAGACGACGAAUGUCAGCGACCUGGGCUUGGAACAUAGUGACUCCCUGGAGUAGUCGGGCAGCCCAGAUGGCACUGAUCACCAAGCAGGAGAGGAGUGUCGCCGGGAGGCCUUCAGGGUGGGGGGGAAGGGGACAUGGGCAGGCAGCACCAAGGGAGUUGGGCCCUAGCUUCCCCAAAUCAGUAGCUUGAAGAAAAGCAGAGGAGACACCUGUUCCUUCCCAACCACCAAGCUUCAAUGAGGAUCCCAGCCCCACUUCCCCGGAACUGCAGAGGACUCUGUUUGGCUGGGCCAGUCGAGCAGCCUGUGUGGAAAGCCAGGACUGAUCUGGACUCACCAAAUCCCUGAGGACAGAUGGCACCCAUGGCCCCACCCACGGAAGGACUUGAGCUGUUUACAAGCCUUGCACUGUGAGGCAGAUUGGUGCUGUUCGCAGAGUGGGCCUUUGUGGGGGGCAGACUGAGAGGGAAAGGGAGAGGCAAAGUGUGUCUGGGUUUCAUCCCCAGAAGGUUCUCAGUUCAUCUGACAGACAUUCAAGGGCAGGAGGGAGCCUCAAAGCAUAACCAGUGGGCAGAGGAGUAGGAGGGCCUGAGGCAUCACAUCUUGCAGAUCAGAAUGGGAUGGAAUCCACCGGGCUCCAGCUCAUCCCUCCAAGGCCCUGUCUCUGAGCACAGCAACCAUGGAUGUGGGAGAGAGGGAUGGGAGCCAUGGUGCCCUUCACUGUCUCCUGGAAACUAAUUGUAAGCUGGUGGGCUUAACCUGUGGGAGGUUAAAAGGAGCCCCUUCUCCUGGGUUGAUUCCAGGAGCCAAGGAGAUGGCAGACCCUGGGCUGGGAGCCAUAUCAAGAUGACUUUGGGGCCGCAGCUGUCCCUAGCUCCUGUAACAACAGGACAAUGGAGUUUUAUCCUAGAUGUUCCCUCCCUCAGUGUUCCACGCCCUCCAUAGACCUCCAGAGAAGGUAGAACCAGGUUAUCUGGGAAUCUUUCAACCCCACAGGUCACCACAGCCGUCCCUCUGCUCCCAGGCUGGCUCCAUCAGCCUCCAGCUUCCUUUCCUCAUUCUGUCUUUCAGAGAAGGCAGAAGAAACAUUGGAAAGCAUCUAGUCCAGUGGGAAGCCAGGGGUUGGAGAAGGUGCUACAUUCCUCUUCCCAUCAAUAUCCAAAAUGUGGGGGAGGGGUCAGAAAAUGGCACCCAAGAGCCUGCGGGGGUACCCACCCCACCCACCCCGAGGUUCUGACCCUGCUGUCCACAGCCCUGGAGGAACUGGGGCUCCUGGAAGGAGGAGGAGGCUCCCACUGUCCGCCCUAACACAUGCCCUCCCACCCACCUUCCAGACUCCCUUGGUUGGCACCCUCUCCUCCCAUUCCCUCUCACCCCAUGGCUGUGAAUGACAGGACUGGUCACACGUGUGUUUCCCAUUGGGUUUAAUUUAAUGGACAUGCAGUUUCAUUUGUAAAUUGUGCAUUAGCCAUCUCCUUCAGUGGCAGGAUGUGAGCGGCUACCUGGCUCAACUGGAGGGGACCCUCGGGGCCCUCUGGGGCUUCCCCUCCUCCACCUGGUUGGGGUAGAGCAAAAGGAUGGUCACUCUUCUGAGGUCUCCCUGAAAUGAAUGUAUUUCUCCCCCAAAAGAGCUGAUAUUUAAUGUUUUAAUAGGGAUUUUUGAGAAACAAAUAACCUUAUUUAUAAUCUGGGUGAUCCAAUCAUUUUUUACUCCCUUUUGAUGCCAUACAUAGGGGAAAGUCUAGCUUUUUUGGCGUGAGACUUUUACAAUGUGCAGUGGGAUAAAAUGCAUUUUCUUUUCUGGUUCGUUUUUCUUGUUAAGCACACACACAUGCACACACACACACACACACACACACACCCCAUUCCACCCACCACUUGGACAGGCGUCCCCCAGCAGGGGCACACUGGCACACAGGUGCCCACGUCUCUUCCUCCCAGCCCCUCCACCUGCCUAAUGUUAUGCAACCUCCUUCUGAUGUAUCCACCAAACCAGUACUGAAUGUGGCCGAGACGUUUUCAGUAAAUCUUAUUACCUACCGUAA